CCCAUUUUGAUUUUGAUAUCUACGGUAGUAUUCCUAUAGUUGAAUUUAUGACGUCAAAAUUAUUUAAAAUAAGCAACUUCACAAAUUCAUGAGAAACAAAUUCAAAGUUACCAAAUUUAGUAAGACCAUAUAUUUCCAUUUUCCAUAACAAAAAGAAACCCAUCUGAUAUAUAUGUAACCGAACGUCCUUUGAAUGCAUAACCCCGCUAAACCCUUUUUUUUUUUUCGUUAGGAGGCUAAAGCCAUUUAGUCCUUAUGGCUUCCACUCUUCUUCUCUUCUCCUUCACCUUCUCCUCCUUCUUCUUCCUCCUCAGUCCUUGUUAUGGAGUCCCGCAAGAAACCCUCGCCGCAAUCUGCUCGCAGACCCAGAACCAAGAAACAUGCCAGAGGAUUCUCGGGUCGGACCCCCGAACCGGCUCGGCAGACCUCCCUCUGCUGUCCCUCAUCUCCAUCGAUGCUGCCCAGAAACAGGCAGACAGUAACCUCAACACCUUCUCUGCGCUUCUCCGCGACUCGACCAGAAAUAAUCCUUCCCUCCAAAAUGCAUACGGGACCUGCGUCUCCCUGUACCAGGAGAUACAGAAAGAGCUUGGAGCUGCGCAUGAUCUGUCGAAGCAAGGGAAGUACGACGAGGUAGACAAGGCAGGGCCCUCGACGGACCCCGCUUACAAGUGUGAAAAUGGACUCCCCUCAAGCUCUCCGACCGCUGCUAUCACGGAGGACAUGCUGCUGACUCUCCAGACAUUCUAUAGCGUCACCGCGUUUGUCGCUCAAUCAGCUUAGGUUUUAUAUAUAUGGAUUGAGAAAUUCUUCGAUGGUUCCUACCUCAUUGCGUUGCUUGAAAUAGAUGAAUAAGUAUUAAUUAUUCAAAUAAUUGUCGCAAUUAUCUUUAACUGAAGAAAUCUUAUUAGUUUUUCUCUUCCCACGUCAACGUGAGAUAAGACUGCAUUGAUGGCUUAUUAUCUUUUA